UUUGGGCAGAUAGAUUAGCCGAGUUCUCAUUUUGGACUACUUUAGAAUCCUAAAACAAAAAGAGCAAAGACAAAGAUCGUGUGUUCCGAGUCACAUUCAACUUCACUUCAGUCACUGUACUCUUCUUCUGUCUCUCGGCAUUUUACUAGCGCCAGGUAAGCUAAGGUUAUUCUUCUGUCACUGGGAAGAGUGAAUUAUUGGUUCUGUUAUGCUCAAUGGCACCCUUUCAGAAAAAAUCAAAGAAAACCAAAAAGAAGACCAAAAAGUUCAAAAAACACAAACAGGUGAGUUUGGUCCCUGUUGAGCCCAGAACAAGUGAAACCGAUUGGUGGGACUCUUUCUGGCACAAGAAUUCUACUGCCCCAGGAUAUUCUGUACCUGGUGAUGAGGCAGAAGGGUUUAAGUAUUUCUUUAGGGUGUCAAAGACUACUUUUGAGUAUAUAUGUUCUCUUGUGAGGGAGGAUCUCAUAUCAAGGCCUCCAUCAGGGCUCAUCAACAUAGAGGGAAGGCUGCUUAGUGUUGAGAAGCAGGUUGCCAUUGCCCUAAGAAGGUUGGCAUCUGGUGAGUCUCAAGUCUCAGUUGGAGCUGCCUUUGGGGUUGGCCAGUCAACAGUGUCUCAGGUGACUUGGAGAUUCAUAGAAGCGCUGGAGGAACGUGCUAAACAUCAUCUCAAGUGGCCUGAUUUCGAUAGAAUGCGGGAAAUCAAGCUUGGUUUUGAAGCAUCCUAUGGGUUGCCUAAUUGCUGUGGAGCCAUUGAUGCAACGCACAUCAUGAUGACCCUUCCGGCUGUCCAAACCUCGGAUGAUUGGUGCGAUCAAGAAAAGAACUACAGCAUGUUGUUACAGGGAAUUGUUGAUCAUGAAAUGAGGUUUAUUGAUAUCAUGACAGGUUUGCCUGGGGGCAUGACAUUUUCCAGACUGUUGAAGUGUUCAGCGUUGUUCAAACUCUCGGAGAAUGGGGAGCGUUUAAAUGGAAAUGUAAAAACUUUAGGUGGAGAUGUUGUAAGAGAAUAUGUAGUUGGUGGGUACAGUUAUCCUCUUCUUCCAUGGCUUAUGACUCCUUAUGAAAAUAAUGCCACAUCAGUUUCGCAGUCUACUUUCAAUCACAAACAUGGAGCUGCAAGGCUCCUUGCUGUGAGGGCAUUCUCACUGUUAAAGGGAAGUUGGAGAAUCCUGAGUAAGGUUAUGUGGAGACCUGAUAAGAGGAAAUUGCCCAGUAUUAUCUUGACAUGUUGUCUGCUUCAUAAUAUAAUCAUUGACUUCGGAGACAUCUUACAUCAAAAUGUUGCCUUGUCUGGUCAUCAUGAUUCUGGAUAUCAAGAACAGUCUUGCAAGCAAGUUGAUCCUUCAGGGAGGACCAUGCGAGAGAAUUUGAUCAAGCAUUUACAACCGGAUUGCAAUUAGAUGUUCAAGGCACUUCUGAUGUCAUCUCUCUACGUCUGAUCUAGAAUUUGACUUUUGGCCUCGGCAUUUUGUUGUUAAACUUAGGAGUCUCAGUUUUUUUUUUCUUCUGUUUUUUUGGUUGAGGAUUGGGAUUUUAUCGCCAUUGUUUUUGUUGAAUAUUAAUUUUUUAUUAUUGGAAGAAAUGUUACUGAGCAUUUAGCUUUUGGCUUGUAGGAUAAUUUCUCAAUAAGCCAUUAUAUGACAGAAAUAUGAGUCUUAAU